UGGAAGAAAAUCUUCAACCUCCCAAAUUUGGGAGAGACUGUCUGCAAACAUGGCUGCUGCGCUGACUGAGGUACCAAUUGAAAAGGGUAUAACGACUCACUAAGUCGGCCACGAGACGAGCUUCUUCGAAGAUUUCACUCUUUCACAGUCCAAGAUCCCUUAGCUCCUUACAUUGCUUCUGCAAGCAAAGGUGGAACUUAAUAUGCAGUCAGCUAGCGCAGAGUCUCCUGGUUCCGACGCCUAUUCAUCACCAAUUGAUCCUACCAAACAAGAGCAUAGUCAGAAAAUUUAAUGCCAACAGUAUAAUUCUUAUCUCAAUACAUACAACUCUGAUUGGAUAAAUUAUUCAAACUCCUCAUCGAAUAAUGAAGAUAUAUUGGAGCCACAAUCAAGGUUUUAAGUUCAAGAAGAAAAGACAUGUUUGGAUAAAAAUCUGGAGGUCCAAUCAAGUCAUUCUUAACUUAGUUGCUGAAGAGAUGCGGGGUGAGUUACCUAGUGCAACAAUGAAAAAUCAAGAAGAAAAGGUAAACACCUUACCCUUGGAGAUUGAAGGACAACUUGAAGAAGUGGAAAGUAUACCUACAAAAACUAAACAAGAGGAUGUCCCUAAGGAAGAAGAGGAACAAGCUCAAGUGUCAUUUGAAGUGUUUAAUGGGGAGUCUCCUUUAACCAAAUCUGAUUUUAAUGAUCAUUUUGUUAUUAAUAUGGUUGAUAAGAUUUUGUAGGAAAACACUUAUGAGGAUCCAUUUGAGAUUUACCUUAUUCAAGCAAAGGACCCAAUCAAAGAAUACAUAAAUUGCUUAAAC